UCAAAUUUUUUCAUACUUGUCGCGCGCACGUUUUCCUUCGAGUCGUCCUUCCUAAAAUCGUUCCGAAAAAAAUGUCCCUCGUGCCGGUUCCCGUGUGCUCCGGCUGCGGCCAAGUGGCCGCCGUUUCGAUUUCCUGCUCGACCUGCUGCCUGCUGUGCUGCGCAACGUGCUUUGGCCUUACGAGCAGCGACUUUGGUGGCGAAGCCCGGCUCCUCUCGUUGCUGUCGGUUCGCGUCUGCUCCAUGUGCUCGGAACCGGUCCCGUUGAAGGCUCCGGAGCAGGUUGGAGCGGCCCCGGCGGUGGUUCCCGAUGAGGGUGCGACCGAUUCGACGGAGGUUUCGGAGGAGGUUCCGACCGCUCCGUCUUCGAAUCCGGAGCAGGCACCGACACCGGCCAUCUCCGAAAGUGAGGCGCCCUCCACGGCGGCUGAUAAAGGAAUCGUCGGAAAGGACGAUCAAGUUCGUGUUCCGGAACCGGUGGUGGUCAAACGGGAACGCUGCUGGAUUCACGGCAAGGAUCUGAAGCUGUUCUGUCUGCAGUGUGACGAGUGCAUCUGCGGGGAGUGCUUUCUGGACGCGGGUGGCCACAUGCGCCACCAGAUCGAUUUCGUCGAGGCCGUUUACAAGGAGAAGAGAGCGGAAACGGAGCGCAAGCUGGCCGCGCUGGAUGAAAAGGUUAAACACCUAAAGCAGGACGUGGUCCAGGUCGUGAAGAAUCUGGAGAUUGUCGAGGUUGCGGAGCGAGAUGUUUUGGGCGAAAUUGAGGCCGUAUGUGAGGAAGCAAAGGAGGGCAUUGCCAGGUUGACUGGCCAGCGGAAGAGGGUGCUGAAGAUACAGGCAGAGCUUCCGGCUAAGAAGCAAAAGCUAAACGAGGUGCUGACGCAGAUGGUCGAGAAGUUGCCGCCGGAGGAGUUUUUCAAGCAGCAACCGCAGGUGGAGAAGCAGUGCGACGAAAUUUCUCAGUGCAUUCCGGUGAGCACCUUCCAGCCGGUGGAGUUUGAGGACAUUGGUUGCGAACUGAUCCCGGCGUAUGAGAUGCAAACCUGUACGCUGGUCAACUUUGACCGGGUGUGCUUUGGCUGGCCGAAGCACUUUACCACGGACAGCGACGUGCUGUGGAACGUGUUUCUCCACCGGAAGGGUGACGACCUGUUCAUCAAGGUGUUCACCGCCAACGAGGCGGCCGUCCAGUUCCCAUACAAAGUGCUGGUGGUGAUCCCGCACGCAGAUUUACAGAAAACCAUUCAGCGAAAAUUCACCGUUUGUGGCGACCCAAAAGAGCAGGUCAUCGCCUCGUACGCUGCCCUCUUCAACGAGGGGUUCGUCAGCCCAAACAAUGAACUCCUCAUCAAGGUGGGCGUCCGACCGGCAAACAUCAUCACCGAGAGCCGCUUCCUCCGGCAGCAGUACCAAAGCCUGAAGGCGCGCGUCACGACGCUGGAAAAGCAACAGAACACGAUGGAAAAGCAAAUGCAGAGCAAGUUCUGCAUCAUGCACUUUAACGCGUUUGUCUCCAAAACGCCCAAGAAGACGCAGGAAGCGCAACAUUCGGCCGCCAUCAUCGACCGCGCCGAUCGUCACUGGGUGCUGCGAGUGUACCCGUUCGAGACCUCCCUGCCGGACACCAAUCUCAAGGUGUUUGUCGUGCUGCGCAAGGGAUCGCGCACCAAGUGUCGCUACUUUAUCGAACUGAUCCACGACAACCCGCAGCAGAGCGUGCUCCAAACGACCGAGAGUCUGUUCGAGUCGAUCGACGCCGGGUACGGAUGGCACUGCUUCGUCGAUCGCAAGAAGCUGAUGGCCGAUGCCGGGUUCUACCCGAACGGAAUACUGCGCUUCCGGUUCGGGGUGCAGCCGAUUGAGAAGUGAGGCGGGGUUCGGCGCUUUGUUGAAUAUUUAUAACUUGUUUGACUGAAUUUUGAACUACCGAAGAUAUUUGGUUUUACGUGCUUUCACUCGGAUUACUUUACGUUUACUUGAUUAUCUUACAUAUCGAUAUGUACUUAUCAGUUUGAUUUAAUGCAGAAAUAAAUUAUUGCGACCUACAACUAAA